AUGAAUUCAACAGAGGUCGAUAACUUACCUUUACACGAACAACUCACUUCGUUUGUUGAAUUGGCCAUAGCCAAAGCAACUGGCUCGCCAAUCACCACCUUAUUUACUAUCAUCUUUCUUAUUCUUCUGUACGAUCAACUUUCCUAUCAAAUUAAUAAAGGUUCAAUUGCUGGUCCUCGUUUCAAAUUCUAUCCUAUCAUUGGACCAUUCUUAGAAUCCUUAGACCCCAAAUUUGAGGAAUAUAAGGCAAAAUGGGAUUCUGGUGAAUUAAGUUGUGUAUCUAUUUUCCACAAAUUUGUUGUUAUUGCUUCAUCUCGUGAUUUGGCCAGAAAAAUAUUAUCCUCCCCAAAAUAUGUGAAACCAUGUGUUGUUGAUGUUGCUGUUAAAAUCCUUAGACCAAGCAACUGGGUUUUCCUCGAUGGUAAACAACACACUGAUUAUCGUCGUUCUUUAAACGGGUUGUUCUCCUCGAAAGCUUUGGAAAUUUACAUUCCAGUACAAGAAAAAUACAUGGACAUUUAUUUAGAGAAGUUUUGCAACUACGAUGGUCCUCGUGAAUUUUUCCCGGAAUUCAGAGAAUUAUUGUGCGCAUUGUCAUUAAGAACCUUCUGUGGUGACUAUAUUACCGAUGAUCAAAUUGCAGUUGUUGCUGAUAAUUACUAUAGAGUUACCGCUGCCUUGGAGUUGGUCAAUUUCCCAAUCAUUAUUCCAUAUACUAAAACUUGGUACGGUAAGAAAAUUGCGGAUGAUAGCAUGAAAGUGUUUGAGAAUUGUGCUGCUAUGGCUAAAAAACAUAUCAACGAAAACAAUGGCACACCCACAUGUGUUAUGGAUGAAUGGAUUCAUUUGAUGAAGGAAGCCAGAGAAAAGCAUUCUGAAGAUCCAGACUCUAAAUUAUUGGUUAGAGAAUUCUCCAAUCGUGAAAUUUCUGAAGUUAUUUUCACAUUCUUGUUUGCUUCCCAAGAUGCCUCCUCGUCUUUAGCUUGCUGGUUGUUCCAAAUUGUUGCUGACAGACCUGAUGUUGUUGCGAAAAUUAGAGAAGAGCAAUUGCGUGUGAGAAACAACAACCCAGAUCUUAGAUUAUCUUUGGACUUGAUUAAUCAAAUGACAUAUACCAACAAUGUUGUUAAAGAAACUUUGAGAUACCGUCCACCAGUCUUGAUGGUUCCAUACGUUGUCAAGAAAUCCUUCCCAGUUACUGAAUCGUACACUGCCCCCAAAGGUGCCAUGAUUAUUCCAACAUUGUAUCCUGCAUUGCAUGACCCUGAAGUUUAUGAUGAACCAGACUCUUUUAUUCCUGAAAGAUGGGAGAAUGCUAGUGGUGAUAUGUAUAAACGUAACUGGUUGGUUUUUGGAACUGGCCCUCAUGUAUGCUUGGGUAAGAAUUAUGUCUUGAUGUUGUUCACCGGUAUGUUGGGCAAAUUUGUUAUGAACUCGGACAUGAUUCACCACAAGACAGAUUUGUCAGAAGAAAUCAAAGUUUUUGCUACUAUUUUCCCUAAAGAUGAUUUGAUUUUAGAAUGGAAGAAAAGAGACCCAUUAAAGAGUUUAUAG